GAUAACUUGUAUUUUCUUGAACUUGUAGAACCCAAAGUAAAAAAAAAAAAAAAACCUUCUCCUUUUCCGUUCUCACACAAUGUUAAUUCUUUCUGAAACUCCGAACAUGGCAGUUCCCUUAUAUAAUGGUUUCAAAAUGCCGGUAAUGGGUCUUGGAGUUUGGCGUAUGGAAGGCAAGGACAUCAAGAAUUUGCUCCUCAAAGCCAUCAAAACUGGCUAUCGUCAUUUUGACACUGCUGCUCACUAUAAGAAUGAAAGAGAAGUUGGUGAAGCACUUGAAGAAGCAUUUGAGACAGGCCUUGUCAAGCGGGAGGAUAUUUUUAUAACUACUAAGCUGUGGAAUUCAGACCACGGUCAUGUCAUCGAAGCCUGCAAGGACAGUUUGAAGAAGUUGGGCCUUGAUUACCUGGAUUUAUACCUAGUCCACUUCCCCCUAGCCACAAAGCAUACGGGGGUUGGUACAACUUCAAGUGCCCGGGGAAAAGAUGGUCUUUUAGACAUAGACACGACAAUAUCACUUGAAGCUACAUGGCAUUCCAUGGAAGAGUUAGUCUCAAUGGGCUUAGUUCGAAGCAUAGGAGUCAGCAACUACGACAUUUUUCUUACAAGAGAUUGUUUAGCUUAUGCAAAGAUCAAGCCUGCGGUGAAUCAGAUCGAGAUACAUCCCUACUUCCAACGUGAUUCUCUCGUCAAAUUCUGCCAAAAGCAUGGAAUUACUGUUACAGCACACACACCCCUGGGUGGAGCUACAGCAAACAUAGAGUGGUUUGGUAACUUUGGUUCAGUUUCAUGUUUAGAAGAUCCCAUCCUCAAGGGCAUAGCCGAGAAGCAUAAGAAGACGGUAGCUCAAAUUGUUCUACGCUGGGGAAUUCAACGAAAAACUGUUGUCAUUCCAAAGACAUGUAAACUUGAGAGGUUGGAGGAAAAUUUUCAAGUUUUUGAUUUUGAGCUUGACAAAGAAGACAUGGAGCUGAUCCAAGGUGUAGACCGAAAUUCACGGACAAAUCAACCCGGCAAGUUUUGGGGCAUAGAUGUGUAUGCAUAAGUGAGAUUCUUUGUUUCGUAGACGUGAUCAUCUAAAGGAUAUCCAACCUCAAAAUUUCCUAGUCUCAAUGAUUUCGUAUAAAUUAUAUUGUACAAUUUUUUGGCAAUGAUUUUUUUGUUCUUUAGUUGUCGACCCUGACUUGUUACAUAAUCACAAAAAUUUGCUGUAGAAUUUUACUUAUAUGAAACUUUUUGAUUCAAACAGAGCACGACUCUUCGACAACAGAAACUUGUAUCAAAUUAAG